CCAUUAAAAAGGAGGCGGAGUCUACAGGGAGGGGGCGACGCCGGGUCGUGGGUCAAAGGGCGUCACGCCGCGGUCACGUGGCUUGGCGGGAAGAUGGCGGACGACGUGGAGGCGCCCCAAACGGGAAACACGGUGGAGGAGCCUCUGGAUCUCAUCCGCCUGAGUCUGGACGAGCGAAUCUACGUGAAGAUGCGCAACGAGCGGGAGCUGCGCGGCCGCCUCCACGCCUACGACCAGCACUUGAACAUGAUCCUGGGUGACGUGGAGGAGACGGUGACGACCGUGGAGAUAGACGAAGAGACCUACGAGGAGAUUUACAAGUCCACCAAGCGGAACAUCCCGAUGCUGUUCGUGCGAGGCGACGGGGUCAUUCUGGUGGCGCCGCCCCUGCGUGUGGGCUGACGAGGGCAGCUGAGGACAGGGAAUGGUCAUGGUGGUGGCAACACCAGCGCUAUGCAUCGGCAACAAGUUUUCCUGGUCUGUGGCUGGAAAUGCUAAAGUCGUGCCUAAUGCCACGGAAUUCCAGCCAUCGACGUCAUCACAUCGAGAUGGGCGAUCGUUUUUGUUUUAUUUUCAUUCGUUGUGGAGCGAGUGUCUCUGUUGAAAGCUUGUUUUUUUAUAAAAAAAAAUGUUCACAUGAAAAAGCAAAUAAAAGAGGACUGCGCAGCUCUGGGAUUUACCACCGUUGUAAACGUUAUUUUUAAAUGGUUUCACUCCCACAAAAUUCCAAGUUGACCACCGUUUCAGUGAAGUUUAUUUUGUUUAUAACCAGGUGAGAACCUGAGACCAAGGGUGAGUCUCGUGUCCAAGUGUGGUCUGGGUCAUUGAAGGUGGGCACUGUUAAGACGUUUUUUUUUUACUAUUUAUUUUUUUACAAUGACAUCGUUGGGAAUGUAUUGAAAAAUAAAGGCAACGCAACACAAUUU